AUGAAUUUUUUGGGUUUAUAUAAUAUUGACAUCGACGAUAAUAAUGAUAUCAAUUUUGAUUUGGACGACGAUGAUUUAAUCAUACGUAUUCCAAAACGUUAUAUUCGAGAUGUGCAAGAUCCUUUUGAUUUUUAUUCAGACAUCGAAUUCAAGCAAAGAUAUAGAUUUGACAAGGAUAGUGUUGAAUUUGGAAUAUUACCUCUUAUAGAACAAAAUUUAACUAAAGUUAAUAAACGAGGAUUACCAAUUCCACCAAUUUUUCAAUUAUUAAUAUGUUUGCGAUUUUAUGCAACUGCAAGUUUUCAGCUCAUUUUAGGUGAUACCAUGACAGUAUCACAACCAACAGUUUCCAGAAUAGUUUUUCGUGUGAGCUUUUUACUUGCAAGCAAAAUUCAUGAUUACAUUAAAAUGCCUCGAACUCAAGCAGCAAAAUUAGAAAACCAGAGACUUUUUGAACGUUUGGGUUAUGGUAAUGGAGCAAUUGGAAUACCUGGGAUUGAUGGAGCAAUUGAUUGCACUCAUAUCCGAUUAGUUCAUACAAGGUUUCAAAAUAUUAAUGAAAUCUACAGAAAUCGAAAAGGCUAUUUUUCUCUGAAUGUACAAACGAUUGUUGGCCCACGAAUGGAAUUUUUAGAUAUUGUUCCAGAAUGGCCUGGUAGCGCUCAUGAUAGUCGAAUUUUUUAAAAUUCUCGCAUUUACAUGAGAUAUUCUGAACGUGAACUAACUGGGAUACUUGUCGGUGAUGCUGGAUAUCCAUGCCUACCUUUUCUAAUGACGCCCAUUGCCAAUCCAGUUACAGAUGAACAAAUAACCUAUAAUAAUAUUCAGAGCGGAACUCGAAUAAUAGUUGAAAGGGCUUACGGUGUUUGGAAGCGAAGAUUUCCUUGUUUAUCAAGAGGAUUAACGAAUAAACUUAUUUGUUCAACUACAAUUGUUGUAGCUUGUGCUGUAUUACAUAAUUUGUCGUUGAUAUUCAAUGAUAAAUUACCUGACGAUGAUUUACAGGAUGACCACCAUGAGGAACCCAACGAAGAAAUACCUGCCCCUCUACCAAAUUUGCAGCCUGCUGACGGUUUUGCAUUUCGCGAAGCAAUUAUAGAACGUAUGUUCAAUGGAUAA